AUAAACAAUUUACCAUCAUUCUCAAUGCCACACACGUUCGCUUUCUAGCUACUUUCAUUUGCAUUACGACAGAGGGCAAUGUUCCAUGCAACGAAUUCGGCUUGCGCCACCCUUUUUAAUUUCUGACAUGCACAGUCAACACCCACACUUAUUACUAUAUUUUCAUCUUCACUUACCAUUACACGAUUCCAUUUUCUGGGUGGUGUCCUUCUUCUUCUUCUUUCCAAAUCCUCAAAUGGGCCGCAAGAAAAACGAACCAAAACGCACCGUUUGCAGCAUCCCUCUGAUCUUCCUCUCUGCGUUUCUCGUUUCCUGUGGUUUGAUCUACGCCUUGGUAGUGCUAAGAGCUCCGCUUUCAGAGUCAGAGUUGUUGCCACUGGUCGAAGACAGUAAAGCGUGUUGCAGAGGAGUAGAAAAUUUGGAGCUUUGGGGUGACGUUGUGAAGUGGGGUUCUGACUUCAAACUCAACACUUCCCAAGAGUGCUGCAACGCGUGCAAGUCCACGUGCACCGUCAACGAUAAUGGACCUUGUUUGUGCGACACGUGGGUCUUCUGUGCCAACCCUCACAAUUGCGGAUCUAAGUUUGGUGAGUGCUGGCUGAAGAAACAAAAGGACAGUUUAGCCCCUGAACAGAUAAACGCAGAAGGGGAAGUAGUUAGUUGGACUUCUGGUCUCAUCUUUGGAAAAGGAGAGGGAAUUAUUGGGCUGGAAACUGAAUUCGGAACUCUUCGUGUAAAACUCUUCCCUGACUGUGCACCGCACUCUGUUGCCUACAUUCUGGAAUUGUUGCAAUUGCAACUUUGUGUUGGCUGCCAAUUUUUCCGAGCAGAGAGCAUAGGUCAAUCAUGGGAUUCAAAAGGAAACCACCUUAAAAAUGCUGCUUUUGGUCCCCCUUUUGCAUUGAUUCAAGGAACGUUGGAAGCCCAAGGGGGUGAAGGAACCAUAUUCAAGAAAAUUCCCAUUGAAGAUUGCCCCACUAUAAGAAGGGGUUCAGUUGCUUGGGUUGGUUCUGGUCCAGAAUUCUUUAUAAGCCUUGCCAACCAUUGGGAAUGGAAAAAGGAAUUCACUGUCUUCGGUUCUGUUCUUCCAGAAGAUAUGCACAUUGCUGAGAAAAUUUCUACACUCCCCACAAAAUCUGAUGUUUGGAAAAAUGUCAACGUGACCCUUUUGAAAAAACCCGUUCCUUUGAUGUUGCGGAGAAUCGAUAAAGGCCAUGAAAAUUUUAAUACCAAAGCAAAUUCAGCUUGAAACAAUUCUUUGGUUUCAAGGUUUUAUAGGAAUAUUGUUAUGCUUUAACCAAAGACGAUGAUUUUUCUGUCUCCCACUUAGAUGCAUGUUUGCUAAUUUACUCACUGUAACUUGUGGGAAAGGAUUCACCGAAAGGGAAUGCAGAAGUUACUUCCAUGCAAAGUUAAAAUGCAAAAAAACUAAUAUUCUACUUCUAACUUAUUCUACA